UGUGAUAGCUCACCUGUUGGCUUGACCAACCUCAACACAAGUAAACAGUCUUAUAAUAAAUUCAGCAUUAAAGUAUUGAUAACUCAACUGACUCCAAGAAAACUCUCGUCUCAGGUCCCAUGUAAAAUAUUACACGUCCCCAAAGGUUCUGAGAUGAAAAACUUUCUGCUUGAACUUGCUCACCAUUUUAACAUUGUUGGAUCUCCUGUAAUGCUGGGAGGUGAGAGUGACAAUAGCUCUAGAGCAGUGAUGGGGGUCAGACUUAAGGACCCAGCAUUGUUGAUUGUUGAUCCUCAUUUCUAUGGCAACAAACCAACAGUUGAACUUCUAUUACACAAAGGUUUUAUCAGAUGGCUACCAAUCUCAGAUCUUCAUACAGACACAUUCUACAACUUGUGCAUGCCCUGCCCAUCUUUAUGAUAUGAUCCUAGAAUCCAUUGCAGAGGACUUGGCUGGGGACCAGAUGAACCCUGGGAUAAUGUGGUGGUCUCCUGGUGGUGGGAUGAUGUGGUGGUCUCCUGGUGAUGGGAUGAUGUGGUGGGCUCCUGGUGGUGGGAUGAUGUGGUGG